UUUCUGGUCUCAGGGAAAAAUUACUAUUACUGUGAUGGUUAGUGGGAACAAUGCUCCUUACAUGUGUGGUCACUGGGAAGAAUGCUCCUUACAUUGGUGGUCACUGGGAAGAAUACCCCUUACAUUGGUGGUCACUGGGAAGAAUGCUCCUUACAUUGGUGGUCACUGGGAAGAAUACCCCUUACAUUGGUGGUCACUGGGAAGAAUACCCCUUACAUUGGUGGUCAGUGGGAAGAAUGCUCCUUAUAUGUGUGUGGUCACUGGGAAGAAUGCUCCUUACAUGUGUGGUCACUGGGAAGAAUACCCCUUACAUUGGUGGUCAGUGGGAAGAAUACCCCUUACAUUGGUGGUCAGUGGGAAGAAUGCUCCUUACAUGUGUGGUCACUGGGAAGAAUGCUCCUUACAUGUGUGGUCACUG